UGUAAGACACUAGGCAUUCCCGUCGUCUAGCCCUAGCUACGGCCUGCGGGGAGCAUCUGUGCCGCCAGCGCGUUUGGAGGUCCUGGGACAUCGUCCGCGCCUGGCGUAAAGAGCUAGCGUCGAAAGCUAGCCGGCUCGGCGGUCUGCGAGUGCCCAAAAGCUGCUGCUCUGCGCGAGGCCCUAAAUCGGCGCGCGACCGCGAACGGAUUCCCAAAUUGCUGGUAGAGAAGCAUCUAAGGACGACUCUCACUGUGCACGCAAAAUGAAGCACUCCACGCAUAACGCGCUAGCACUUUUGGCCUCGCUCCUCGCCGUCUCGUUGAUUGUCAGCGCUCUCCGCCAGCGUCGGCUCAGCGCGGGGCCGCCGCGCCGCGCGCCACCGAUACGCGUCGGCUUCGUCGGGAAUUCCUUCACCUACUACAACGACCUGCCGGGCGUACUCUCGCGCGCGACCGGCGUCGCCGUCGACGCCUGCACGCGCGGCGGGGCAAGUCUCGCAUCCCUGCUUCGCGAUGGCGGCGACGGCACCGGUCUCGCGGCCGUGCGCUUCGCCAAGGCCGCCCUCGCGCGGGCCCGUGGCGCGGACGCCUCGAAGAAGCGAGCGGCGGAGGCGGAGGCCACCGAGGCACAGCGCAUCGCGGACGCCACCAACAAAGUGGACGUGCCGGCCGCCGCGCGGGAUCUCAGGGCGUUCCUGGGAGACGUCCAGCGAGACGUGGUCGUGGUCCAGGACUUUUCGCGCGGACCGAUCAAGAAUCGCGACGAGGGCGUCUCAGCGCUCCGAACGCUGGCGCCGCUGCUGCGCGAGGCGCGCGUCGUGGUAUUGUAUUCGACGUGGGCGUACGACAACGCCUUGACGCGCGCCGACGACGACCUACGCGACACGACGGCGAUGGCGCGGGGGUUACAAGAGGGCUACGAGGAGUACGCGAGGGCGUUGCAAGCCGCCGGGGUUGAAACUAUAGCGAUCGCGCCCGUGGGCGCCGCUUUCGAGCUCGUGCGCGAGGCAGACGAGGCGCGAUGGCGGUCCUUGUUCGCCCGUGACGGGUACCACCCGUCGCCCGCGGGGACGUACCUCGCGGCCCGCGUCAUCCACCUUACUAUAUCGACCGCGCUUCGCGACAAAGGCGGUGCCGAGAUCGCGUGGCAUGAGGACGACGGUCCAGCGGACCUCGCCGACGCGGCGCGCAGAGCGUGCGAGGCCCGCGUCUAGCAUGGGGAUGUUGUGAG